AUGUGCCCCAAGCUGCGCAGCGUGCGUCAAGAUGACGUCCGCGAAUGGUUGAUGGAUCGUGAAACAUACGAGGAGAACCUACAAGCCACCUGCAAACGCCGAGGCCUUGACACCAAGACCUACAUGCAGACCUGGAAGGAGUGCUUCGAAGACAAACGUAUGCUCAAGCAAGUCAUGGUCAUGCGUGAGUUGGAAGGAGAACCAAAGGACCUCGAAGACAAAGUGCUCGAAGCAGAGCUACGCAAGAUCGUUGGAAUGCCCAAGAACGGUGUCGAAGCAGACAUUACAAACCUGUUCUACGGGAUUCACAUGGACAUGAAGGACGAUGACGUAAUGAGCCGCGUGGUCAAGUUCCUCGCCAGGUGUGACGAACGUAUGGAUGCUCGCGUCAUGAAGGCGCACUUGGAGCGUCCAGACAUGCGAAAGAAGAUAUUCAAGAGACUGCUCGAUCACGUGGACCCAGAAGCUGUCCGUGACGCAUGUGUGCUGGAAAUGGAUCGCACGUGGCAUGCAACCGAUUUCGACUGGGCUGCAGUCAGCAAGCUCAUCAUGCUUCAUGCGAAGGAACAACAGCGCUUUUACUCAACCUACGGUGCAGGGCGGAAGAAGCCAAAUCCGACCGUGAAAAACGUCCGCGGCAAGGCGAGCACGACCGAAUUCGAGGAAGAUCUCGAGACCGGCGCGGCCCAUCCCACGACCGUCGUGACUCAUCGCGUGACCGACGCAGCAACCCGCGUGAUAGCAGGGAGCGCGACCGAAGCCACGAGCGCUACUUCUCCUAUUCACGCGAAAGAUACGCUGGUCGCCUGGAGCGCCAAGGUCGACAAGGAGACAGCUAUCGGAAUAUGA